AAAUUAGCCUUCAACAUGAGCUCUUUGUUAUUCUAUGCCAUUUUGCUUCUUUUUGCUAAUGCUGCUUCUUUAGCAAAAGCCAAAAUUCACUACCAUGACUUUGUUAUUCAAGCAACGCCGGUGAAGAGGCUGUGCAAUACGCAUAGUACUAUAACCGUGAAUGGGCAAUUUCCUGGACCAACUUUGGAAGUGAACAAUGGAGAUACUCUAGUGGUAAAGGUUGUCAAUAGAGCUCAAUAUAAUGUCACCAUUCAUUGGCACGGGGUGAGGCAAAUGAGAACGGCAUGGGCAGAUGGACCAGAAUUCAUCACUCAGUGUCCGAUUAGACCAGGAGGGAGUUACACUUAUCGAUUUACUAUUCAAGGACAAGAAGGGACACUUUGGUGGCACGCCCAUAGCUCGUGGCUCAGGGCCACUGUUUAUGGAGCCUUAGUUAUCCACCCAAAAGAAGGAACUGCUUAUCCAUUCCCUAAGCCCAAGAGACAAACACCCAUUCUGCUUGGUGAGUGGUGGGAUGCAAACCCCAUUGAUGUUAUUAGACAAGCCACACGAACGGGAGCAGCACCUAAUGCAUCAGAUGCUUACACCAUCAAUGGUCAACCGGGUGAUCUUUACAAGUGUUCUAAUCAAGAUACUACCAUAGUCCAUGUGGACUCAGGUGAGACGAACCUCCUUCGAGUCAUCAACUCUGGACUCAACCAACAACUUUUCUUCUCAGUGGCAAACCACAAGUUCACUGUUGUUGGAGCAGAUGCAUCUUAUGUUAAACCAUUCACGACAUCAGUCCUUAUGCUAGGACCAGGCCAGACUACUGAUGUCCUCAUAACUGCUAAUCAACCGCCUGCCAGAUACUACAUGGCUGCACGUGCCUACGCAAGUGCACAAGGAGCACCCUUUGACAACACCACAACCACAGCCAUCUUAGAGUACAAGGCUGCUCCUUGCCCUGCUAAGGGUGUCAAGAUAAACCCCGCUUUCCCAUCUCUACCAGCAUUUAAUGACACAGCCACCGCCACUGCCUUUACCAGUAGCUUCAGAAGUGCAAGAAAAGUCCAAGUGCCAACUGAAAUCGAUGAAGAUCUAUUCUUCACAGUUGGAUUGGGACUCAACAAUUGCCCUGCAGGGGCAAGUUCCAGCAGCUGUCAAGGUCCAAAUGGAACGCGGUUCACUGCCAGUAUGAACAAUGUAUCAUUUGUGCUACCAUCCAAUUUCUCCUUACUGCAAGCACAUCACCAGGGAAUACCUGGAGUUUUCUCAACAGAUUUCCCAUCAAGCCCACCCGUUAAAUUUGAUUACACUGGUAAUGUUAGCAGGUCACUCUGGCAACCUAUUUCCGCAACUAAAGUAUACAAGUUAAGUUAUGGCGCGAGAGUGCAGCUUGUGUUACAGGGGACUAGUAUCGUCACAGCUGAAAACCAUCCAAUUCAUCUUCACGGAUACGAUUUUUACAUUCUUGCUGAGGGAUUUGGAAACUUCAAUCCACAAACAGAUACUUCUAAAUUUAACCUUAUUGAUCCACCUCUUCGUAAUACUGCAAGUGUACCAGUCAAUGGAUGGUCCGUCAUAAGAUUUGUAGCUGAUAAUCCAGGAAUUUGGCUAAUGCACUGUCACUUGGAUGUGCACAUUACUUGGGGUUUGGCCAUGGCAUUCCUUGUGGAAAAUGGAGUUACUGAAUUAGAAGCAGUAGAGGAGCCUCCAGUUGACCUUCCUGUUUGUUAACACCUGCUAUCCACAACACUACAGAAAUCAUUUUGAAUAUUUUAGUUUAUAUCAAUUAUAUUGUCUUUUUCUUUUGCUUAAUUAAUAGUCUCUCAAUUUUUUAUUGAGUUAAGAUGGUGCCAACACUUGCAAGUCAAGGCACCAUCUAGAUGUUGCAGAUAUAUAUACUGUAUUCUUUCAAGUCCAACAAUUAAUAGAGAUGAUUUGAUU